GCUGCACAACAAAAAGCUAGCAAAUUAUAUACUAGCGUAAAUAUAGAUCAAGAAAUCAUGGAUUUUUUAAAUAAUCGUUCUCAGAACCAAAAUAACGAACAAGAUCAAAAUAAUCAAAAUAACGAGCAAAAUCAUGAACAAAAUUUCAUAGAAAAGAGGAAACCAAGAUACUUUAAAGUCGAAAAUAAUAAACAUUUAAUCAUUAAAGGAAAAACUUAUGAAUUUUCUAACAUUUAUGGAAGGGCAAUAAAAUCAUUUUGGCCAUCGGAAUUUGAAAUCAGUAUUGAUUUACC